GACCACACAUCAUACAUAACUCCUUGACCUACUCGCUCUACUCCUGCACUUCCCCGUCCGUAUAAAUAGAUUAAAGUUGGUGAACUAUCCAUCACAAUUGUUCCAACGUUCUGCUCGUAGCAACCAACCAUCUAGUCCAGUUUGUGUGUGUCACUCACAUCAUUAUCCAUUGAAAUGGCUCAAUACAUGGUUCAGUUGGCAGUUAUCCUGUCAGUGGGUGUAGCAAUGGUGACGUCCUAUCCUGUUGAAUACCCGUUCGGAUACGCAGCACCUGUAGCAGCCUACCACGCCCCAGUUGCUUAUGCUGCCGUGCCCAAAGUUGAAGAAUACUCGCACCCAAAAUACGCGUUCAACUACGGCGUGAAGGACACACAUACGGGCGACAUCAAGUCGCAGACUGAGGAGCGUGACGGCGACGUGGUGAAGGGCCAGUACUCGCUGCUGGAGGCUGACGGCACGACACGCACCGUCGACUACACGGCCGAUGCGCACUCUGGCUUCAACGCAGUCGUCACCAAGUCCGGCCAUGCCGUGCACCCGGCCAAGGCUGUCGCUUAUGCUGCGCCCGCCGCAUACGUCUCGCAUGCUGCCCCAGCCGCAUACGUGUCGCAUGCCGCCCCAGCCGCAUAUGUGUCACAUGCCGCGCCAGCUGCCUAUGUCGCACAUGCGCCCGCUUACGACCUCUCCUACUUCCAUUAAAUUGAUUUAUGAUAACUUAUUCUACCAAGCAGGUAAAAUUAUCUGCUUGAUUAACUCAUUAUAACAAGCAGAUAAAAUUCACAAAACACAAUUGGGGCCUGCCUAUGUUGCACAUGCGCUCGCUUACGACCUCAGUAGUGAAACAAAUGCUGCUAAAAAAAUACUCUGAAAUAUGAAAUUAGUUGAAAUUGAGAAAUUUUAAGAACUGGAAAAUGUUAUGUCCUAAAUUGGAAUUACAUAUUAAUAGUGCUCUUUGUUUUAGUAGAGUAAUUUUGUCAUCAUCAUCAUCUUGUCCUUGUCAUCUCUAUCAUUCUAUCAACUUCAUCUACAAAUCUCUCUUCAAUAUUAUUAAACUUUUUUAUAUUCUAUUAGGCUACAUAUAUUUCUCAUGAAUUCCUCUUCAAGUCAUGAAUAUUUCUCAUAAUUUCCAACAUUCUAUAGUUUUUUACCAAGUUUCUCGCUUUCACUUUCCACAUUCAUUGAACCUCAAUGGAGGAUUUUUAUUGAUAAUAUACCAUAACUUAUGCAUAGAAAUCGCUUUGUGUCAUCUUGCAUCCCAUAAGAUCAUCACAAUGCAUUCUUGUAGGCGUACUUAAUAAUGAGACUGUCUUAUUCUAUUUUGAAUUGGACCAGUCAUCAUGAAUUAAUUUGCUCAAUUACUUGAUGUAUAUAAAUAUCAAAUUAUUAGUUUGAUAUAUAUUUAAGAAGUGUUACCUUGUAAAUAUUACAAAUGUAACUUAAUUGCCAAAAAUUUAAUAAAAACAUUGAUAAUA